GCACAGUGUGUGUGAGAGGUGUACUUUCUUCUCACAUCCGGAAAGAAACUUCAUGAGAAGAACAGUCUGCAAAACUGACUUAAAAGUCAGACUGAAAGUGUGACUUAAUCUGGUAACAACUCGACUGUCAGGAUGAUUUUAUCUCUUCUGUUUAUGCUUAUCUUCUUCAUCUUUCCAGGUGUGUUUGGUGCUGCUGAUGCUAAUAAAAUGGAGUCCAUAUCGGUGAUGGAGGGAUGUUCAGUCACUUUACACACUGAUGUUACUGAAGUACAGAGAGAUGACCUGAUACUGUGGACAUUUCAAUCCAAAGACCGUCUAAUCGCUGAACUCCAUAAGCAGGUUGUCUAUGUGUAUGGUAAAAAAGAAAGUUUGAGACUGGAAGAAAAGACUGGAUCUCUGACCAUCAUAAACAUCAGACGUGAACACUCUGGACUUUAUGAACUAACAGCCAUCAGCCACGGGACAACCACAAACAAGAGAUUCCGUGUUACUGUCAGUGAUGCUUUGGAAAUAAAUGUCACUCAUCUGCCAGUUCCUGUCAUCAGCAGAGACUCCUCACAAUGUUCUUCAUCAUCAUCAUCGUCGUCAUCACAGCAGAAUUGUUCAUUGCUGUGUUCAGUGGUGAAUGUGAGUGGUGUGACUCUCUCCUGGUACAAAGGAAACAGUUUAUUGUCCAGCAUCAGUGUGUCUGAUUUCAGCAUCAGUCUCUCUCUACCUCUGGAGGUGGAAUAUCAGGAUAAAAACAUCUACAGCUGUGUGAUCAACAACCCCAUCAGCAACCAGACUCAACAUCUGGACAUCAGCAAACUCUGUCAGACAUGUUCAGACUCAGCCCUAUGUUGCGGUUCUACUGAAGCUGUGAUCAGAUUGGUCAUCUCUGCUCUGGUGGGCGUGGCUACUGUUGCUGCAGUGAUAUAUGACAUCAGAUCUUUAAGAGUUCAAUAAGACAUGAAUACAAG